AUGGGGGACCCAGAUCAGCAUCUGAAGCGGAUACUGAAUGUAAUGGGCGUUAGCACGCGUAUCGGCAAUGUGGUGCAGCUGGUGAAACGACGCCGCGGUAGCCCUCCGAAGAUCACCGAGGAACAGCAGCUGCAGCAGCAACUGGAACAAUCGAAAGAAGCUCGGUUGGAGCGGCUAAACGCACUCGGCACCAAGCAUCGUCAUGUGCUCGAGCUGGCCGCCCUUAUGCUGAGCGAAGAACCGGACAACGUGAUCGACUGUGUGGCCGACCGGAUUGAAGAUGUUCAGCUUCUCGAUAGCAUCUUCAACGCGGAUGGUCCGAAGGGUGUCCUGGUGUUUUACGAUUUGCGGCCCGCGCCCGGCAUGGACACGGGUCGGUACAAUGCGAAGCAGAAGCAACCAUCGAAUCAGGCGUGGAUCACGGAUGGACGUGAUGGCAAGAUGACUAGCGUGUUCGUUGGUGUCAGUCGCCUUAGCAACGUGAAGCCGAUCGAAAUGAAGGGUCUCGGUGAAGAACUGCUAUUCACCUACACUCCCGUUCCGGCAGGACGCUCCGUCGUGUACACGUUGGUCGUGCUACUCGAGCGCGUAUUGAAACCUUCGAUCGAACUCAUCCGAGACUAUGGUCACUGUAGCGAGCUCCAGCAGGGUAAUUUCCGGUACAGUGUGAACCGAUUCCUUGCCUUUCUGCAAAGUACCGAGAAGGACAUCUCCGAACGGAUCCUGUUCGAGGUCGAUAACCAACUCUACAAGGGUUUCUUGCUGACAGAGGUGCAGAUACAAGAGACGGCCCGAGAUCGCGAGCGGAUGAUCGCAGUUGAGCGAAUCUUCCACCGCUGGCUGGAACAGAUGCAAUUCGCGCUGACCCAGGGCGAUCAGAUCGAGCAAGCACCACACCAGGCCGGUCCGCUGGUCGAGCUUGAGUACUGGCGCACGGUGCUGACGCGCUAUACCUCGAUCAGUGAGUUCACCGAGCAGAAGGUGUUCAAGCAGUUCCUCCGCUGCCUCAAACUGUCACGCUGUAAGCUGGUCAAGCAGUGGGAGAAGCUAGCGGCCGAGUUGUCGGCGAAGCUGAUCGAAUCCCGAGAUAACGUACGCUUCAUCAGCGCCAUCGAGCACUUCUGGGAUCCACUGUAUCGCUGUGAACCACGGGAAGCGACUCGUUGCAUGCCAACGCUGCUCGGUGUCAUCCGACAGGUGUACCGAUCCUCGUCUUACUACAACACAGCCGAUCGCAUCACGGGCCUGCUGACGAAGAUCGCCAACCAGAUCAUCAUCAACUGUCGCCUGUUUCUGACGAAUCGCGGCACGAUCCAGAUCUACGCACAACCGAAGGAAAUCGUCAUCGGUAAAAUCGAACACUGCCAGAAGCUGGAGGCGGCCUUCCGCAAGGAGUACCACCGAACGGUGCAGCGUAUGCUCGACAGUCCCGAAGAAAGCCCAUGGGAAUGUUCGGAGGUGUUUGUAUUCGGUAAGCUGGACCACUUCCGGUUACGCAUUACGAAAAUUAUGGAGGUAAUGGAUCUCUAUCGGAAGUACGAGAUCAUCGACCGAGUGGCCAUCACCGGGACGGAGAGUUUCUCCGGUCGGAUUAAGGCAGCGUACGAGGUGCUUACGACGAAGCCAUACGACCCGCUCGUCCACACCGACCACCGGUUCGAUGAGGAUCAUCAGCGGUUUCUGCAGGAGGUCGAAACGGCCGAACUGGGGUUGGCCAAGUUUCUGAAGCAGCUGAUGGCGAACGAGCGUACGGUCGAUGGUAAUCUGCUUGUUCUGCGACGCUUCGAACGACUCCAGCUCGAUUGUCUGUGCAUUGAGCGACGCUUCCUCGAUGUGGCCGUGAUGCUGGAGCGGUACAUAUUUAUGUUGAAGGACGUGUACAGCGAACAACGGGCGAAUCCACCAAUCCCGCAAGGGGUACCCGAGACGGCUGGCCGCAUCAUGUGGUCCCGCUCGUUGCUGCGCCAGAUUCGGGAACCGUUCUCCGCCCUCAAAGGCCAUCGUUGCGUGAUCGAACACCAGAGGGCGCAGCUGUGCGUCAAGUACUACAAUUUCCUGUGCGAGGUGCUGCUGCACUACGAAUUGAUUCAUCACGAAGCGUGGACGAAACAGGCGGUCAAGACAAAGACGGCCACUCCCGUGUACCGGCGGCAAGAGGGCAAUCUCCAGCUCGAGAUGAAUCUGCAUCCCUGGGUUAGGCAGCUCAUCCGGGAGACGGAGAUCAUGCUGAAGCUUGGCCUCACCGUACCGGACCCCGCUAUUGCACUCGUGCAGUGCAAAGAGCAGCUGUACCGGCACUACGAACAUGCCAAGUAUCUGCUUGGUCACAGCGAUGCACUGCGCCUCAGCAUUCCGCCUAUCUUUUUGCCACUGAUGCGGACAACCCUGGCCAAGCUGGAUGCAGCAUUCCUGCCGGGUCUAACGAUCGUUACCUGGGAGUCGCUAAAUCUUGGCAGCUUUCUCGAACAGCUCGAACGCACCGUCCAGCGGACGGAACACUUCUAUAAGGAGAUCUUCGAUAUCUGGCAGGCACGAGUCGAGGAUACGCUGAGGUCUUUCGAAAGUACAGAUCUUCUCACGCUACCGGCGGAACCCGUCAGUCCGACCGAGUUCUACGACAUGAAUCUUCGGUACCGCGAAUCGGUGCAGGUGUUCCUGCAGAAGCGCUCCCAAGCGAUGGAGGGUUCGGUGGUGGAACUGAUCAACAAGUUCGUUAGCAACAUUAACGUGUCGGACCGGGAUGAGCACGGUGGACGAAGGUACCAAUUGCCGCUCGAAGAAAUCAACGAUUCCAACCGACGGCAGGAAGAGCUGCUACCGACGGACAAGUACGAUUGGUUGCGGUUCGAUCGGAUGGAAAAGGUACCUACCAAUCCCACACCUGAGGCACACCUGGAAGCCCUGUUCCAGGACUAUGGCAAGCUGAACUACGACGUCACGCAGCUGCACAUCGAUUGUAUGGAGCUGUUCGCUUACUUUAACAGCCGGAUGUUGACGGUGUUCGUGAGGAUGGUGCGUAGCUCGCUGGAGAACUUGCGAACGCGGCUCGAGCUGGUACGUCUGCAAUCGAACAAGGCGGCUAUUUUGGGCGAAAUACGUCCGCUAAUUGUAACGGAUAUGCUGCUGCGCCAACCGGACAGCUGUCACAUCGAACCAUCGCUCGAAGAGAUCCAGUUUUCGUUCGAGCGCGUUAUCCUAAAUGUGGUCGAGACAUUCUACGCCAUCUUGACCUGGGGCCAGCAGGCCAAGUCGUACGAACGGAAGCUUCGACGGCCGCUCCUGGUCGAACAGCGUUUCGAGCGCAACUGGUUCAAACUGAUUUCCGAGCACAAGGAGGUCACACGGAUCGUGCACGAGUUCGAUGGAGGAUUGCUGCUACUCAAACCGGAUAUUAGCUAUGCCACCAAAACCAUUUACGAGCGGUACGAGUUCCUGUGGGCCGAGAACCUAUUUUCGGUCGAGCUAGAACGGAAACCGGAGCGGUUCGAGCGAAUCAAGGAGCGGCUGGCAGAGGUACAGUAUACCAGCCACAUCGGACCGAUCGUUGUACGGUUAGGUCCAGUCAUCGAGACCGUACUGCGCCGCCUGUUCGACUUCUACGUCGUGAGGAUCGACGAGAUCGUUGACUUCAUCACCACCAAUGAUCUAACGCUGCAGCGCACACUCAAAGACCUCGAUGAUAUCCGGAUGGCGAUGGACUGUCUGCAGGUGGUCGGUGAACAGUUCUCCUUCAUCGAUGUUGAUCUGACGUUCAUCGAGCAAACGUACCGGACGUUGGCCGAGUUCAGCGAACUCGGCAUCACCCCAGAAAACAUCGAGACGGUGUACGCGAUCCGCGACACAUUCAAGACGAUGACACGGCGCGUCGAGAAGGUCGAAAAUGACAUCAUCGCACUGCAAGUAACGGUACAGCGUGAACUUGGCCUGGGAGUGGCUAAGUUUAACAUCGAAAUCGACGACUUUGACGCCGAGUUCGACGCAAAGGGUCCACUAGAGGAGGGCAUACCACCGAAGGAGGCCUCCGAUCGGUUGCUCAUGUUCCAGAGCCGCUUCGAUGAGUUGUGGCGCAAGUUCGAAAUGUACGCCAACGGUGAAGCCUUCCUCGGCCUAAAGGUGAACGAGUAUCCGGUGUUGCAGCGGCGCAAGAAGGAGUUCAACCUGCUAAACAAACUCUACUCACUGUACCUGGAAGUGAUGCGCAGCAUCGAGGCAUUCUACGAAACACCGUGGCGCGAAGUCGACAUCGAGAGCAUCAACGCGAAGCUGAUCGACUUCGAGAACCGAUGCCGGAAGCUACCGAAGGCGAUGAAGGAUUGGCCGGCGUACAUCGAGCUGAAGGUAAAGAUUGACGAUUUCAGUCGCAGUUGCCCCCUGCUCGAACUGAUGUGCAACGAAGCGAUGAAGGACCGGCACUGGGACAAGCUGAUGGACAUCCUGGGCUGCAAACUCGACGUCACCUCACCGACCUUCACCCUCGAGAACAUUAUGGCAGCGCCGCUUCUAGCUCACUCCGACGACAUCGAGGAUACGUGUAUCGGAGCGGUAAAGGAGAACGACAUCGACACGAAGCUCCGUUCGGUGGUGGCCGAAUGGUCCACGGUUAGCCUACAGUUUGCACCCUUUAAAACACGCGGCGAACUGCUGAUCAAACCAGCCGAAACGGUCGAAAUCAUAUCGCAGCUCGAGGACAGCAUCAUGAUCGUGAACUCGCUCGCCUCGAACCGUUUCAAUGCGCACUUCAAGCGCGACAUUAUGCUCUGGCUCAACAAGCUAGUCAAUACGGGCGAAAUCCUCGAGAAGUGGCUCCAGGUGCAGAACCUGUGGAUCUACCUGGAGGCCGUGUUCGUCGGUGGUGACAUCUCGAAGCAGCUGCCCCAAGAUGCGAAACGGUUCGCCGGUAUCGAUAAGAGCUGGGUACGGAUUAUGUUCCGGGCGCGUGACAACCCGAACGCCAUCCAAUGUUGCACCGGUGAGGAUGUGAUGUCGUACACACUGACCUCGCUGCUGGAGCAGCUCGAAACGUGCCAAAAAUCGCUUACGGGCUACCUCGAGUCGAAGCGGCUCCUCUUCCCGCGCUUUUUCUUCAUCUCCGAUCCGGUACUACUGGAGAUACUGGGUCAGGCAUCGGAUCCGACCUCGAUCCAGCCGCAUCUGCUCAGCAUCUUCGAUGCGGUCGCACGGGUCGAGUUCGAUCAGCGGACGGUGGGCCGCAUCACAGGGCUCUGCUCGGAUAAUGGCGAACGGGUCGAGCUGGUGAAUGCCGUCAACUGUACUGGUGGCGUAGAGCUGUGGCUCGGUAGCCUACUUGGGGAGAUGCAGGACACUAUGCGGACAAUUCUGGCCACGAUGGCUCAGUUGCUGGCGUCACCCGAGUUCAAUUUUAUCAGUGGAUUCCAGGAGUUCUGCGGACAGGCUGGUCUGGUCGGUGUACAGCUACUGUGGACGAGUGAGGCCGAAGUGGCGUUAGCCCGCUGUCGCACCGACAAGCAAAUCAUGCGGACGACCAACAACCGCUUCCUGAACCUUCUGAACAGUCUGAUCGAGCUGACGGUCAAAGACCUGACUAAGCUCGAGCGCAUUCGGUUCGAGACGAUGGUCACAAUUCACGUUCACCAGCGUGACAUCUUCGACGAUCUAGUGCGGCUGCGGGUCCGUACGGCGCUCGACUUUGAGUGGCAAAAGCAGGCCCGGUUCUACUACGAUCCCGAAACGGAUGAUGUGAUCGUGAAGAUUACGGAUGUUGACUUCAUCUACCAGAACGAGUAUCUGGGUGUAACGGAGCGAUUGGCCAUUACGCCGCUGACUGAUCGGUGCUACAUUACGCUCGCGCAGGCCAUCGGUAUGUCGAUGGGUGGGGCACCGGCCGGACCGGCUGGCACUGGCAAAACGGAAACGACCAAGGAUAUGGGCCGUGCCCUAGGGAAGCUGGUGGUGGUCUUUAACUGCUCCGAUCAGAUGGACUUCCGAGGAUUAGGACGUAUCUACAAAGGGCUAGCGCAGUCAGGUUCCUGGGGUUGUUUCGAUGAGUUCAAUCGUAUCGAACUACCGGUACUCUCCGUUGCUGCCCAGCAAAUCCAUAUCGUCUUGACGGCGCGCAAAGAGAAGAAGACGUCCUUCCUGUUUAGCGACGGUGAUACGGUCUCUCUCAAUCCCGAGUUCGGCCUCUUCAUCACGAUGAACCCGGGGUACGCUGGUCGACAGGAACUUCCAGAGAAUCUGAAGAUCAUGUUCCGCUCUGUCGCGAUGAUGGUCCCAGAUCGGCAGAUCAUUAUGCGCGUUAAGCUGGCCAGUUGUGGCUUCAAGGAUAAUGUCAUCCUAGCACGCAAGUUCUACACGCUGUACAAACUGUGCGAGGAGCAGCUCUCCAAGCAGGUACACUACGACUUUGGUCUACGCAACAUCCUUUCCGUGCUGCGGACGCUCGGGGCCCAGAAGCGCGCCAAUCCGACCGAUACCGAGGAGACGAUCGUGAUGCGCGUAUUGCGUGACAUGAACGUUUCGAAGCUGGUGGACGAGGAUGAACCACUGUUCAUCUCACUGAUCGAGGAUCUGUUUCCGGGAAUCCGGUUGAGCGGAUCCAGCUAUAAGGACCUCCAGCGAGCCAUCGCACUCAGUGCCGAUGCGCUUGGGCUUGUCAACCAUCCCGAAUGGAACCUAAAGGUAAUCCAGCUGUACGAAACAUCACUCGUCCGGCACGGUCUGAUGACACUCGGUCCAACCGGGGCCGGCAAGACGCAAUGCAUCCUGACGCUCCUCCGGAGCUUUACCGAGCUUGGCAUGACGCACAAGGAGGUGCGGAUGAACCCGAAGGCAAUUACCGCACCGCAAAUGUUCGGCCGGCUCGACGUAGCCACCAACGACUGGACGGACGGUAUCUUCUCUACCCUCUGGCGCCGUACCUUUAAGGUCAAGAAGAACGAAUUCGUCUGGCUCGUCCUGGACGGUCCGGUCGAUGCGGUUUGGAUCGAGAACCUGAACUCGGUACUGGAUGACAACAAGACGCUGACGCUGGCCAACGGCGAUCGGAUAACGAUGGCACCGAAUGCGAAACUCGUCUUUGAACCGGACAACGUGGACAACGCUUCGCCGGCCACGGUUAGCCGGAUGGGUAUGGUGUUUAUGAGCGCGUCCGUCAUGCGCUGGGAAGCAAUCUUGAAUGGAUGGUUGAAAACCAAGUCAGCGGCGGUGGCUGAUCUGCUACGACGGCUCUUCCACCGUAUCUACCAUGAUCUGCACGAGUUCGUGCAGACUCGGUUGGCCGCCAAGAUGAAACUACUGGAAGCCAUCUACAUUCGGCAGUGCUGCGAUCUACUGGAGGGUCUGCUCGCACCGGAGGGUGAGGGCGAAACGUCGACAAUCGACUUUAGCGAUGCGCACCUGGAGCGAUUGUUCCUGUUCUCGCUCAUCUGGUCGCUCGGUGCCGUACUGGAGCUGGAGGAUCGCGAGAAGAUGGGCGAGUUCAUUGCCCGACAUCCAUCGAAGAUGAAGUGGCCAAAGCUGCAACCGGAGGAGACCGUAUUUGAGUACGUCGUGUCACGGGAAGGUACCUGGCAGCACUGGAACGAACGUGUCGAGGACUAUAUCUACCCGAGCGAUAGCGUUCCCGAAUUCUCAAGCAUUCUCGUGCCGAACGUGGAUAACGUACGUUCGUCCUUCCUGAUCGAUCUGAUCGCCCGGCAGCGCAAAGCGGUACUGCUGAUCGGUGAGCAGGGUACGGGUAAAACCGUCAUGAUCAAGGGCUACAUGCUGCAGUACGAUCCGGAGUAUCACCUGUCGAAGAGUCUCAAUUUCUCAUCCGCGACUACGCCCAACAUGUUCCAACGUAUCGUCGAGUCGUACGUGGAGAAGCGUGUCGGUACAACGUAUGGACCACCGCAGCAGCGCCGGAUGUCCGUCUUCAUCGACGACAUUAACAUGCCGAUCGUGAACGCAUGGGGUGACCAGGUGACGAACGAGAUCGUCCGGCAGCUGAUGGAGAACCGGGGUUUCUACUCGCUGGACAAACCGGGUGACUUCCUGACCGUACUGGAUGUGCAGAUACUUGCGGCCAUGAUACAUCCGGGCGGUGGACGGAACGAUAUACCGCCACGGUUGAAGCGUCAGUUCUGCAUCUUCAAUUGUGCCAUUCCGAGUAACCGAUCGAUGGACAAGAUCUUCGGUGUCCUGGGACGUGGGUAUUUCUGCGAGGAGCGCUUCUUGCCGGCGGUGGUCGGUAUCGUGCCCAUGCUGGUGCCGCUUACACGCCGACUGUGGCAGGCGACGAAGUUGAAAAUGUUGCCGACACCGGCAAAGUUUCACUACGUGUUUAACCUUCGAGAUCUGUCGCGCAUCUGGGAGGGUAUGCUGAAGGUGCAAUCGGACCAGUGCCAAACCGUGCAGACGAUGAUCAAUCUCUGGAAACACGAGUGUACCCGUGUGAUUGCAGAUCGCUUUACGAGCUACGAGGAUCGAAUCUGGUUCCUGCAGACGAUGCGGACCACAGCCGAGCAGGAAUUGGGAGCAGACGCAGUAGAAUACCUAUCAGAGGAGGAGCAAGCGGAACCAUUCUUUGUCAAUUUCCUGCGAGACGCACCGGAACCAACCGGUGAAGAGGGCGAUGAAGAGGGCAGCCUAGAGCCACCGAAGCUGUACGAGCAGAUCGUGAGCUUUGACGAAACGACGCAGCGCGUCCGGAUGUUCCUCGAGCAGUACAACGAGCAGGUGCGCGGUGCCACGAUGGAUAUGGUGUUUUUCCGCGAUGCGCUUAUCCACCUGAUGAUUAUCUCGCGCAUUAUCGGCACACCGAGAGGUAACGCGCUGCUGGUGGGUGUCGGUGGUUCGGGUAAGCAAAGUCUUGCCCGGCUCGCUUCCUUCAUUGCUGGCUACAAGUGCUACCAGAUCACGCUGACGCGUGCCUACAACGUCACCAAUCUGAUGGAGGACCUUAAGUAUCUGUACCGUGAGGCGGGCCAGGCUGGUCAGGGUAUGACGUUCCUCUUCACCGAUAACGACAUCAAGGACGAGGGCUUCCUGGAGUACAUCAACAACGUGCUGAGCUCGGGCGAAAUCGCUAAUCUUUUUCCGAAGGACGAGCUGGAUCAAAUUAUGAACGAUCUGAUCCCGGUGAUGAAGCGCGUCGAUCCACGGCGCAUCCCGACGCAGGACAAUCUGUACGAUUUCUUCAUCGAGCGAGCUCGGGCCAACCUGCACAUCGUACUCUGUUUCUCUCCGGUUGGGGAGAAGUUCCGGACGCGAGCUCUCAAGUUCCCGGGACUCAUUUCGGGCUGUACGAUCGAUUGGUUCCAACGUUGGCCAACCGAUGCACUGGUGGCUGUCUCCAACCACUUCUUGCGUGACUACAACGUCGUCUGUACCGCCGAGUUGAAGGUGCGCCUCAUCGAGAUCAUGGCGUACGUGCACAACCGAGUGGCCGAAGUGUGCGUCGAGUAUUUUGAGCGCUUCCGCCGACAAGCACACGUAACGCCCAAGUCUUUCCUGUCCUUCCUCGAUGGCUACAAGCGAAUCUACCGCGAGAAGCACGAGCACAUUGCCGUACUGGCGGGCCGAAUGCAGACCGGACUGGUAAAACUGAUCGAGGCCGCCGAAUCGGUCGAUGUACUACGAGUGGAGCUCGAGGAAAAGGAAAAAGACAUCGUAGUAGCGACACAGGCAGCCGAAGUAGUGCUAACCUCAGUGACGGAGUCACAGCGAGCGGCCGAACAGGUAAAGGCCGACGUCCUGAUCGUGAAGAACCGAGCGGAUGCACUGGUGUCUCAAAUCCAGGCCGACACGCUCGUGGCCGAGGACAAACUUGAAGCGGCACGGCCAGCGCUUGAACAAGCCGAAGCUGCACUGAAAACGGUAACAGCUGCUGAUAUUGCGACGGUCCGGAAGCUCGGUAAACCCCCGUACCUGAUCACGCUCAUCAUGGACGUAGUGUUGCUGCUGUUCCGGCGUCGUCUGGCCACGGUAAAACCGGACGAGGAGCGUCAAUUCAUGUUCGCCUCCUGGGAGCAAUCACUCAAGGUGAUGGCCGAUACCGGGUUUCUCGGCAAGAUCGUGCGCUAUCAGGCCGAUCUGAUCAACGCCGAGACGGUCGACCUGAUGAUCCCGUACUUCCGCUACCAGCUAUACACGUUUGAGGCGGCAAAGGCCGCAUGCGGUAAUGUGGCCGGUCUGCUCAAAUGGACACUCGCCAUGGCUGACUUCUACGAAGUGAACAAGGAUGUACUGCCACUGAAGGCGAACCUGGCUCGCCAGCAGAAGAAACUCGAUAUCGCGAUGGAGGAAAAGGGUGCGGCCGAGGCGGCCCUGUUGGCCAAAGAGCGCGAGCUAGCCGUCGUGCAGCGCCAGUUCGAUGAGGCGAUGUCGAAGAAGCAGGCCGUGCUGGACGAUGCGAAACAGUGCCAGGACAAGAUGGAUGCCGCUUCGGCCCUCAUCAAUGGGCUGGCCGAUGAACGGGUCCGUUGGACGGAGCAACUGGAGCAGUUCAAGGACGAAACGGAACGUCUGGUCGGCGAUGUCCUUAUUCUGACCGGUUUUCUCUCCUACACCGGUCCUUUCAACCAGGAGUACCGCACGGGACUGCAGACGAGCUGGGCAACCGAGUUGAACCGACGCCGCAUUCCGGUGUCGCGUGCGGUCGAUAUUACCGAGAGUCUUACCGACAGUGCGACCAUCGGUGAGUGGAACCUGCAGGGCCUACCGAACGAUGAGUUGUCAGUGCAAAACGGUAUCAUCGUGACGAAAGCAACGCGCUAUCCACUACUGAUUGAUCCACAGUCUCAGGGCAAGAUGUGGAUUAAGAGCAAGGAGGGUGACCACGGGCUGAUCGUGAGCACGCUCAACCACAAGUACUUCCGCAAUCACCUGGAGGAGUGCAUCUCUCUUGGCUAUCCGCUGCUGAUCGAAGAUAUUGGUGAAGAGCUCGAUCCAGUGCUCGAUAACGUGCUGGAGAAGAACUUCAUCAAGAUGGGCAACACGUACAAGGUGCGCGUGGGUGACAAGGAAGUGGACGUGAAUUCGUCCUUCCGGAUGUACCUCACGACGAAGCUGCCGAAUCCACUGUACACGCCCGAAGUAUCGGCCCGGACCGCCAUCAUUGACUUUACGGUGACGAUGCGCGGUCUCGAGGAUCAGCUGCUCGGUCGGGUCAUACUGACGGAGAAGCGCGAACUGGAGUCGGAACGGACGCAGUUGAUUAAGGGUGUGACGGCGAAUCGGCGCAAGAUGCAGGAACUGGAGGCGAACCUACUGCACAAGUUGUCCACCACCCAGGGUAGCCUGGUGGACGAUGUCACCGUGAUCGGGGUGCUCAACACCAGUAAGACGACCUCGAUCGAGGUGCGCGAAAAGUUGACGAUUGCGCGCGAGACGGAAAUCAAAAUCAACCGCGCACGAGAAGAAUUUCGACCGGUGGCGGGUCGUGGUAGUGUCCUGUACUUCCUUAUCUGCAGCAUGACUAUGGUGGACAGCAUGUACCAGACGUCACUGGUGCAGUUCCUCGAGCGUUUCGACAUCUCGAUGGCACGUUCCGAUCGACAUCCGGUGCCGACGCGCCGUAUCAGCAACAUCAUCGAGUACCUAACGUAUGACAUCUUCCGGUACGUGUGCCGUGGGCUGUAUGAGGUCCACAAGUUCCUGUUUGUGCUCCUGAUGGCACUGAACAUCGACCUGGAUCGAGGUGCGAUCACGCACGAGGAAUUCCAGACAUUCGUAAAGGGUGGUGCUGCGCUCGACAUCAACACAUGCCCGGAGAAACCGUUCAAGUGGAUCGCCGACGUAACCUGGCUCAAUCUGGUGCAGUUGUCUCAGCUGGGCAAUUUCUCAAGUUUGGUGGAACAGAUCCGAGGGAACGAGAAAGGAUGGAAAGCAUGGUUCGCCAAGGAGGCACCGGAGGAGGAACCGAUUCCGUUAGUGGUGGCCAGCGCAGUUCGCACAUCGGCCACAGGCGGUCUCGAUGCAUUCCGACGGCUACUGCUCAUACGGGCCUGGUGUCCCGAUCGGACACUGUUUCAGAGCCGCAAGUAUCUGGCCAGUUCGCUCGGUACCCGGUUCGCUGAUCCCGUCGUGAUCGAUUACGAUGCAAUGCUCGAGGAGAGCCGUCCCCUGACGCCACUCAUAUGCUUCCUAUCGAUGGGUUCAGAUCCGACGCCCAACAUUGAAGCACUGGCCAAGAAGAACGCCAUUCGAUGUCGAUCGAUUUCAAUGGGCCAAGGCCAGGAGGUGCACGCCCGGAAACUGGUCGAAAUGUCGCUGGAUGAGGGAUCGUGGGUGCUGCUGCAAAAUUGUCACCUUGGGCUGGACUACAUGAACGAACUGCUACUGCAGCUGAUCGAACUGGAACGCGUAGGCCCAGCGGGCUAUCACAGUAACUUCCGCGUGUGGAUGACGACGGAACCGCAUCCACUGUUCCCGAUUACGCUGCUGCAGCUCUCCAUUAAGUUCACCAACGAACCGCCUUCAGGGGUGAAGGCCGGUCUGAAGCGUACCUAUGCCUCGAUGUCGCUGGAGAUGUUCGAGUACAGCGAUUCGCCGCUCUAUGUGCCUCUCAUCUUUGGUAUCUCCUUCCUCCAUACGGUCGUACAGGAGCGUCGUAAGUUCGGACCGCUCGGUUGGAACAUCCCGUACGAGUUUAACUCGGCCGACUGGCUGGCGAGUUGUAUGUUCGUGCAGAACCAUCUGGAGGCGCUCGAUCCACGCCGAGGCAUCAGCUGGAAGACGAUGCGGUACAUGCUGGGAGAGGUGCAGUACGGGGGCCGUGUAACGGACGAUUACGAUAAGCGGCUGCUGAACACGUUCGCUCGCGUUUGGUUCUCCGAUGCGCUUUUUGAUGAGGCGUUCAGGUUUUACCGCGAGUACCGGGUGAUGCGGUUCAAGACGCUCGAGCAGUACCUGGAAGCGAUCGAAGAGAUGCCGCUUGUCGAUCCACCGCAGGUGUACGGCUUGCACUCGAACGCCGACAUCACCUAUCAGAGCAAUACGACGAAGGUGAUCCUCGAUACAAUCCUCUCGAUACAACCGAAAGAGUCCUCGGGUGGUGGAGGGGAAACACGCGAGGCAACGGUGGCUAGGCUAGUGCGGGACAUGCUCACCAAGGUGCCGCCACCGUACGAUCCGUACGCGGUGAAGGAACGGCUCCGUAUCAUGGGCCAUCAGGAGUCGAUGAACAUCUUUCUGCGGCAGGAGAUCGAUCGCAUCCAGCGAAUCCUUCUUCUAGUGCGCCAAACACUUGACGAUCUGCUGCUAGCCAUCGACGGUGUAAUCAUCAUGAACGAGCAGCUACGGGACGCCCUGGACAACAUCUACGAUGCGCGCGUCCCAACGGUUUGGAAGCGGGGUAGCUGGGCUUCGGCAUCGCUCGGUUUCUGGUUCACGGAGUUGAUCGAACGAAACACGCAGUUCUACAACUGGUGCUUCCGCCGACGGCCAAACAUGUUCUGGAUGACGGGAUUCUUCAAUCCGCAGGGCUUCCUGACCGCAAUGCGGCAAGAAGUGGCGCGAGCACACAAGGGCUGGGCACUCGAUAUGAUUACGCUGCACAACGAUGUCACACAGAUGCUGGCCGAGGACUGUAAGGUGGCACCGGUUGAAGGUGUAUUCGUCUAUGGGCUCUUCCUUGACGGGGCUGGCUGGGACAAGCGCAAGGUGCGACUGCAGGAAGCGACCAAUAAGAUCCUUUACUCGCCGAUGCCAGUUAUCCACGUGUACGCGAUCAACUCGACCGCGCCGAAGGAUGCGAAGCUGUACGAGUGCCCGGUGUAUAAGAAGGCUAACCGGACGGAUUUGAACUACAUUACGCCGCUCUGGUUGCAGACACUCAAGCCAGCGGAUCAUUGGACCAUGCGCGGUGUAGCGUUACUGUGCGAUAUCAAGUAA